GGGAGGGGUGGGGGAGGGCUUGGCGCGAGCCAAAACGGAGGCGCGUCCCGGGGGGUGAAGCCCGAGUCAGCUCUUGGCGUUUGUUUCCAGUUGGUCUCUGUGCAGAAUGGACCCUGUUGUUUUGAGUUACAUGGACAGUUUACUGCGGGAAUCAGAUGUCUCACUGUUGGAUCCUCCCAGCUGGCUUAAUGACCAUAUUAUUGGAUUUGCUUUUGAGUACUUUGCUAGUGACCAGUUCCAUGACUUCUCAGACCAAGUGUGUUUCAUCAGCCCAGAAGUCACUCAGUUCAUCAAAUGUACCACCAGCCCAGAGGAGAUCACCAUGUUCCUUCAGCCUCUUGACUUGCCCCACAAAAGAGUUAUAUUCUUACCCAUCAAUAAUAACUCCAAUCAAGCAGCUGGGGGAACUCAUUGGAGUUUGUUGGUUUAUCUCCAAGACAAAAAUAGAUUUUCUCAUUAUGAUUCACAUAGCAGGAGCAACUCUGUCCAUGCAAGACAGGUAGCAGGGAAACUGGAGGCCUUUUUGGGGAAAAGAGGGGACAAAGUAGCAUUUGUGGAAGAGAAAGCCCCUGCUCAACAAAACAGCUAUGAUUGUGGAAUGUACGUAAUUUGUAACACAGAGGCCUUGUGUCAGGGCUUCUUUAAGGGACAGCCGGAGCCACGGCUGCAGCAUCUCACGCCUAUGUAUAUCACGAGGAAGAGGGCAGAGUGGAAAGAGCUCAUCUCCAAACUUGCAAGAAAGUGAUUCAUUCAGUGCAAUUAUCUUCAUCUUUUCUUGAAUUUUGACCUUCUCUGUUUGUCCUUUAUAUUCUUUUAGUCUCUGAUUCUACACCCAAAGUAGAGGGAGAUGCUUGGUGUCAAGGCUGUGCCCUCUCACUUCUUCCUAAAAGAAUGUGACUUCUCAGGCAUUAUUGUCACAAUGAAAGGCCACACUUUAACCAUAACUUUAGGGUACUAUAGGCUGUGAAAGUAGCUUAACUGCAAAGUUUGGUUAGUAGUCUUUGCACAAAACUUUUAUUUUACUAAUGAUCAAAUACAUUUAACCAUCUAUCUGCCUUUGAAGUACAUUAUUUCUAUAUAUAAUUCAUCUGUGCCAAAUAGAAACAAAUGAACUUUUUUUCAUGGUUUAGAAAAAUUAGGCACCAUGGUAAUGAGGGGGUACUCACUAAAAUAGCAGAAAUGGAAAAUCACAGUCCUUUACAGCCCAGCCCCUGCAUACAAAAUGACCAAGGAAAUGAAAGCUGAUAAUGACCGAACCCCUGUCAAGCUUUAAGUAGCUAGGGAUCCGUUAUUUUAUUUUGUUUUUUAAAUUUCUUUUAGCUGUAUUUGUUGUUCACCACAAGAAAGCUUCCCCUGGCUCUCUACUUUAACUUUGCAAAUCUUUGAGAAAAAUGAAAUCUACUCACUGACCCGACCCACUGUGUCUGAUUUCUAGAGUGCUAGAAAAAAAUAGGGAUAUUGAAUAAUUUUAUGUUAAAUAAAUUACUGUGGUUAGCCUCUUGAUUUAAUAUAUUAGCAUUGCAGAAGUUAGCUGCUACUCUGUAAUGUCAGAAUUUUUUCCUAGUCAUAUCUUUUGUUAACAUUCACACAGUCCCCUCAUUGAAACUUUACAAUUCUAAAGCUCACUGCUAGUAAUUCUUUUAAAUAUGGUGAAUAUUAAGCACUUACUAUGUGCAAAGUUCUGCUCGGCACCGUCUUGGCUUGUCUCAGUGCAGAGAAAUACUUUGACCCUUAUUGUGAUGGUGAUGGUAUCUUCUUCAUCUCCUCUCUCUCACCAUUCUGGGAGAAAGGGUUUGGUUUUGUUUAUCCCGAUUCUGUUGUAUUUGGAUCAAAAGUUUAUGCUAUUUUUUAGAAUGUUAAAAAAGAAAGAAAGAAAAAUCAUCACCAUAAACCAUUCCCUUAGCUCCAAAAUGUAAACAUUAUCUUAAACCAAGAAUAAAGAGAGGUACCUCCCCACCCCAGUCAUUGGUGUGUGGUGGUGGUUCCCAAUGUACUUUCAAAGAGCUUGAUGUAUUUUAUAAAGUGCAUACGUCAUAAACCUCUAGGUUACAUACGCAUGACUCUUGUUCUUGACUAGAAUAAGGUAUGAAUUAUAAAACAGAGUUGAGUUUCAG